UAUUGAUCACAAUCAUAUGUAAUCAUUUAACAAUCUGGGCAAGUGCUGCCAGCUUUGAAGAGAAGGUGCAGAUUUCUAUUAAUACUGAAACGCCACAGAACUAUGUAAUAUGAAAGGAAUUUAAUUAACCACUGGACGAAGUGAGUAAGUUUGACGGGAUGAGGGGUAAUUGUUUUCUGUCGCCUCGUGCUGGACCACCGACAUGUUUGUCGGGAGGAUAGAAGGAUAUGAUGCUGCUGGUGUGUUGGUUUGUGUUCGUGUGUCUCCAGUGGCUGGGUGGUGGUGCUUCCGGAGUAAGAAUCCUUUUGAUUUGUGACCAAACUUUCCAUGGAAUGUGCAAACAAAAACUCAAUGACGCCAAAGAUGACGUAAGAGUAACUUUGGUUUCGGUCAGCACUAACGACUCUUUUGUCACACACGUGACGCAGAUUGACGCUCUGUUACGUAAUGACACGAGUAAUGACGUUGUGGUGGUUUUCGGGGACAGUGCGUUGGUGAGCGCCGUUGGGACUGUAGCACAAAAGACUCGGACGCCAGUGAUCGCCUACAGCAAGGGCGCCUCUCCAUCGAUAUAUCAAAGUGUCAUUCUGUCCGUCAAUUCCAACUCAUUCCACCUUGGACAAGCUAUGCUGAAUCUUAUCAACAAUCUAUGGUUUGACAAACACACCCAUUUGUUCAUGGACGUCAGCUUGCUCUAUGAUGGCUUUCUUGAAGGAUUCCAUAACGAACGUUUGUUUAAUUUCACUCAUACAACAAUCUUGCAUGAAAAUGACGAGGAUUUCGAUGAAAUAGCACUGUUUUUCCUUCUGCGGGAUCUACGCGAAAGUGGAGUGAAACAAUUUGUCGUUCACGCUCGACCAGAGCUGGUUAAUCGUCUGAUGCGUGCGAACAGACGAAUGGAUAUUGGACGAGGAUAUCAAUGGCUUUUGUCGGAGACUUCUGUGUCAACAAUUACCGAAGAAGAACUUAUACCAGAGGGCAGCUUAGUUCUGAAGUCUAUACCAGAGGACCAGACGGUCGUGGAACACACGCUAAGGCGUAUCUUCUUGGAAGUGGAGAACAUAAGAUAUAAUCGCCUUUCAGGCGAAGAUUAUGACUGUAUCAGAGAUGUUCUAAUCACAAAGUCCAGCAGAAAUAUCCCGCUGUCCUGUGGAAUAGGCCAGUUCGAAAUAAACAACCACUUCUGGAGAUUGAUAAAUGAAACCUCAAAGGAAUUGGAAUGGAUGUCAGCUGGCAAGAUAUUCUACAAUCGCAGCAAGUACAACGUCCAAUGGUAUGGAAGUACGAUACUAGGACCGAUCCUUCGCAGCAAGAACUUCCACCGAGUCGUCACUACUCCAGCUCCACCCUUUGUUAUGGUUAAAGGUCCCAUGGACCCUGGAGAUUCUUGUUACGGAAACAAAAUGUGCUACAAGGUUUUGAGGGGGAAUCCUAUCUACUUGGGACCCAAUACUGUUGCGGAGGAUCUGAAGAAUGUCGCAGUAGAACGUUACUGCUGUAGUGGUUUCGUUAUGGACAUUCUAGAAUAUCUAUCAACUGAUCUAGCGUUUGAUUACCUGGUGUAUUUUAGAGAUGAUACCGGUCACAAUGACACUGGUCGGUACGAGGCCAUGAUUCAUGACGUCGGAAAUGGAUCUGCGGAUAUCAUAGCAGGUGCUUUAACUAUUACCUCCAGUAGAAGCAAGACUUUACGUUUCACAGAACCUUACUAUUUUACUGGUUUUGCAAUGGCUGUGCCACUGGAGGUAACAAAACCUUCAAUAGAUGCGUUCACCGCUCCAUUUGAUGGACACGUUUGGUUGGCAAUUUUUCUAAGUGCGACAACAGCUGCGCUAGCCACCUCCCUGUUUGAAUGGAACAGUCCGUUCGGAUUAAAUCCUUGGGGGAGGAAACGGCUGAAGAACUACACUCUGGGAUCAGCUCUGGUUAUGGUAUACUCUGUUUUGUUUGGUCACACCGUCAGUACUAAGUCCCCGAAGUCUUGGCCAGCGAAACUCCUCCAGAAUUUCUGGGCAGGGCUUGCAAUUUUCAUCGUCGCAAGCUACACUGCAAACUUGGCAGCGUACUUGGCGGGGAUCAACAGGGUGGAUGAAAUAAUCAGCAUCUUUCAUAAAAAUAUGAACGCUAAAAGUGUGUAUGUGACAAAAUCAAGUCCAGCUGCAAACUACCUCAAAGUCAUCAAUGAGCGGCUUCACAAAGACAUCGUCAUCACAGAGAUUCCAAGAGACGAAUCUUCUCUAAACAUCGUCAAUCGUCUGAAGGAUAAAACGUAUGAGGUUUAUAUCAACGAUCGACUUCUUUUGGAGUAUGCUCUUGCGCAACACGACAAUUGUUCAAUCAAAUUUAGCGGCCAUGACUUUGGGGAGAAUCUCUAUGCAUUUGGACUGAACAGAGAGGCGACACAGUUAACGGAGAACAUGUCUUCGUUAAUUCUAAGUUACCUAGAGGGGGGACGGGUCACUGAAGCUAUGCAAAGAUAUAUAAAAAACAGGAACUGUGCAGCUCAAGCGGAACGGUUUACCCGGAAGUACGGACUGGAUCACACCGGUGGAUUGUUCAUUAUACUCCUGUCGGCCAUGUUUGUGGGGGCGCUGCUACUUGUGAUAGAAUUGUGUGUGUUUAGGUACCUGGUACCGUAUCUACGCAAAAAGCCUAAGGACAGUCUAUGGAAGAGCAGGAACAUAGAAUUUGUUAAUCAGAGACUGUACCGUACAUUGAUGAGCGAGCAGCUGGUGUCGCCUCAACAAACGGCUCAGGAAAUGAUUAGGAUUGUCAAAGAAAGACAAUUCGAACGCCUCUUCCUAAAAAACGAACUCAGGGACCAUGGGAGAGUGCAGCGGAAGGGAUUCCCGAAAGGACUGCGACUGAUUGACAUCACAGACAAUUUGAUCAGAUCCAAAAAGGCAGAAUCACAAAUUUUCGCUACGACAUCAUCUGGCAAUCUAUACUCCAUCAAAGAAAAAGGAAGCGGGGAUGACUCGCUCAGUGAAGUGAGUGAUGACGUGAGUGAUUACGUCACGGGUGACGAACAAGAUCUGCAAAUUUCAGUGGAAGAUAUAAAAGACAUGGUGACAAAUGUUUCAGAAGUGCCAAUUAAUAAUCAAAGACAAAUGCAGCAGCCAUGUCCCGAGACAACCCGAACAAGGUCGCUAAAGGUCAUGUCAGGUCAAUAUGUACGCCGUAAACCUCGUGUUCGCUUUUGUUCGGAUUCAAUUGUAAGGGGUUUAAGUUCUUCGUAUAAACGGAAUAAAUCAUGUCCUAACUUUCAAAACAGUCCAACGAAAGAAGAAAGGAAACAAAGUUCAUGUGAAAUAGACGAGAUAGAAAUGCAGGAGAGAACAGAACGACCUGACAGAACAAAACUUAUUCACAAAUCAAAACGAGGCAAUAUUGGUAGAGCGUUCACAUUUUAUGGAAAAUCUCUAAAAGACAAUCGCCUGAAAUCAUCCAUUCGCAGUCAUGCCAUGGCCACUCGUCGGCAUUCGGACUCCGUGUUUGACGACAGUGCAGUGGACGUUCUCUCAAAGGAAGACUUAAUGGUUCUGUGGAAAAAGUCCGAGAUAGAAUUACAGACCAGUUUAAACAGAGUAACACAGGAAAACGCCCACUUAAAGCGACUUCUCCGGGUCGUUGAGGUGUCGGAAACGGUACCCGAGGAGGAGGUGCCGGAGAAAGAAACCACCCAUAUAACAGCAACUCAGCUGUAAAUGACGUCAUAAUCAUAACAAACAUCCAAACAUUGACAUCGUUAUCUUGUUGUCCCUAAUUCCCUGUUAUCGGCUAUUUUAAUUACUACUUGACAUGUUUGCAUGCCUAUGCCUUUCCCUACGAGAGGGGAGUAGAUUCUUGUGAUAGGGUUGUUUUAUGAAGAUGAUCACAUUUUGCAAUAGCUUGAUUCAGUGUAAGAAUAUUGGGAGGGUUUUUUUUUAUUGCAGUGAUAAGAGAUUUCUGUAUAUAUGUGUUUUUAUUGCAGUGAUAAGGGAAUGCUGUAUAUGGUUUAUGCAAAACAGUUUCUUCCAGUGAUACAGUCAACUCCCCCGAUAAAGCAGCUGAAGUCAGCUCUAUGUAUGAUUUAUUAGCUCGAUGGCAAUUAUAUUUAUUGUCUAUACCAACAAUUGUUACAAAAUUCUUAUGACAUUACUUACA